CUCACACACACACACACACAGAGCUGACAGUGUGUGAGUGCGAAGACGAAGACAACGUCGAGGAAGUGGCGCAAAUUUCGUGUCUCAUAAAGUCUAAAAGUGCGAACUUUGUGAACUGAGUAUAAGUGAAAUGACCAGAUUUAAGGACUGAAGUGCACAGACAUCUGCGCUCCGCUCUGUGCGCACUCACGGCGGGUUCUGGGUCUCCAAUGCCGAAAGAGUACAGGAGAAAGACGUCCAAGGACUCCGGGCUCCCUGGGACUGGAGUCAACGAGGGGCUCCGCUCGGAGCGAAGGACAGUCGUGAAGUCUUCGCAGAUCUGCGAUGAGCUCCGUCAAAAAGCCGCUCAAGUCUCCCCUUCGUCCGCAACCGCGGCGCCGACUGUGAUGGACGCGCGCCGGCCGGUACCGCAGGUUACCAUCACCCCCGAGGGAGGCGGCUGCUCCCGGGAGAUGCAGCAGGAGGACUGGGACGAUGCGGUGGACGGCACGCUGAGGAGAAAACUGUCCAACUCGUCCAUCUCGUCCACGGGCUCCUCUGUCGUGGAGUCCGAGGAUGAUUUACUGAGCGACAACGAGAGCAAAAGCAAAGGCAUCGUCACUCUGGAGCAUCUGGUCGACACUGGAGAGAGCAAGCCCUGGUGGAAGUUAAAGACAAUUGUUCACUGGCCGUUCAGCGCGACUCCGAGAAGGAAGGUGAACUGGGUUCAGCUCGCCGGGCAUAAAGGUAACUUCAAAGCGGCAGACGAGGGCACCAUUCUGAAGAAGUUCUCCGAAAACGAAGUGCAGUGUUUCGAGAAGCUGAGGGAUGACGCGCUGCUCCCGUUUGUUCCCGGUUACCAUGGCGUCGUGGAAAAAGACGGCGAGUGUUUCCUCCACAUGACCGACCUGCUGGCUAACUUUGACUCACCCAACGUCAUGGACUGUAAGAUGGGAGUGAGGACGUACCUGGAGGAGGAGCUUGUUCGAGCGCGAGAGCGGCCCAAGCCGAGGGAGGAUCUGUACAACAAAAUGGUGGAGGUGGAUCACGAGGGGCCGACUCCCCAGGAGCAUUCCCAGCGCGGCGUCACCAAACCUCGCUACAUGCAGUGGAGGGAGACCAUGAGCUCCUCCAACACCCUGGGCUUCAGGAUAGAGGGGACAAAGAAAUGGGACGGCACGUGUCGAACGGACUUCAAGAAAACGAGAUCGAAGCAGGACGUCGUCCACGUGUUCCAGGACUUUGUCGGAGAGAACGUCAGCAUCAUAAAGUCUUACCUGAGCAGACUGUCGGAGAUCCAACAGGCGCUGAAGACCUCGGAGUUCUUCAAGCGACACGAGGUGAUUGGCAGCUCGCUCCUCUUCAUCCACGAUCACACGGGUAGCGCACAGGUCUGGAUUAUCGACUUUGGGAAAACCACUGCUUUACCGGAGGGCCAGGUGUUGAACCACGACAUUCCCUGGCAGGAAGGCAACAGGGAGGACGGUUACCUGUGGGGACUGGAAAACCUCAUGCAUACACUGGAGUCUGUCGGCGACAACGCAACCGGUCAACAAACCUGUUGCUUGGAUACCAAAGAAAAUAGUCAGACUAUAAAUGCAGGUGGUCAGUGACCUUUGACUUAUAAAUGCAUGUAAGGAGCUCUGGCUUUUACCAUUUCAGGCUGAACAUUGGGUUUUAAGAGGAGCAGAUAACAUUUCACCAGUUUGAGCAGAUUAACUGACACUAACUCCCUCUUCCUAAAAAAUGAACAGAAGUGAAAGCGUGGCCUUUGUGCAUGUCCAUUUAAGGGAUGGGGGUUUUAUUGUGAAAGAGGGAAGAAGAGUCACAAACUCAGUCUGACUUCGUACCAUCAGUGUAACAUCAGGUGUGAUGUUUCUCAGUAGGAAACUCUUUACGAUCACGUUUUUACAUUUAUAUUUCUAUCACUGGUUUUUAUUCAGUGUGUAAAAUGUCUUCACUUCGCAUCAAAUCUCAAACGUCUGAUUAGCAGGAUGAUUCAUGAUUCAGCUCAUGCCUCGAGUGCGCUUGGAGAGGUUUUCUUUUUGGGAUAAUGCAAAAAAAAAAAAAGGACAACAAUGCGUACAAUCAGGUGGUUUUACACUUUAAAGAAUUCAGUUUAAUUAUUUUAUCUUAAAUUGUUGUCAAAUCAAAAUCCUUUCCCCGACAUGUUACACACUGGAGCUUUGAUCACACUUGUAAAUAUUCUGCUCAGAAUGUAAUAUAAUGAGAGACGUGGUGUACAAAUGACAUUAAUGAAGAUGUACGUGGAAUUAAAAAGGGGGACAAUA